AUGGCUUUAGGCGCUUCUCCUGUCUUAGUUCGUAGAAUGGAAAGCCUUUUCCAUGCACUAUUUUUUCUCAUCAUCCUACUAUAUGUGAUGUCCGCCGCCUGGUGCACCGCCACUGCCGCCGCCGGGAUCAAACAAGCUGCAUCCGACCGCGCCGCCCUCCUCUCCUUCAAGUCCCUCAUCGAUGACGAUCCGUUCGGUGCGCUUCUUUCGUGGAACAACGGCUCUCUCCACUACUGCAGGUGGCGCGGUGUCUCCUGCGGCCGCCGCCAUCCCAACAGGGUCACGGCCCUAGACCUCAAGUCCCUCCGCCUAACCGGCCUCGUAUCGCCCGCCGUAGCCAACCUCACAUUCAUCCGGAGGAUUGACCUGUCCGACAACAUGCUAGACGGGAGCAUCCCGGAGGAGUUUGGAAGCCUAUGCCGGCUGCGAUAUCUCAACCUGAGUGUGAAUUCUCUUCGCGGAACGAUCCCGUCUUCGCUCGGCAAUUGCUCUAAUCUUCAACUACUCAACUUGAGAGAUAAUAAGCUCGACGGUGAGAUCCCACCAACUCUAUCGAGUCUUUCCGGUCUUAGAGAGCUUAUGCUGCGUCAAAACAUGUUACAAGGAACAAUCCCUUCCAAUCUAACGCAUUGUCAAGAGCUUCAGGUUGUCGAUCUAAGCAAUAACUUUCUCACAGAAGAAAUUCCACCAGAGCUUGGCUAUCUUUCAAGGUUAAUAUCGUUAACUCUAAGCUACAAUAAUCUUACAGGAGCCAUCCCGGCUACUUUGGGCAAUCUUGCUCAGCUUCAAAACCUUGAUCUAAAAUUCAAUAGCCUUUCUGGGUCCAUCCCGGAUUCACUUGGGAAUCUCUCUUCCCUAAUCUAUCUUUCUUUCGGCAAAAAUAACUUGUCAGGACCCAUGCCUCCAUCCUUCGGUAGCCUUCCCUCCUUGAACAUGCUUGAAAUCCAACAGAAUAGUCUCACAGGAACCAUUCCGUCGACUCUUACGAACCUCUCCUCUUUGAGCCAGCUUUCGCUAGCAGUAAACAACCUUCAUGGCGAAAUUCCUCACUUUGCAGAACUUCCGGUCCUCUCUUUUCUGGACUGCACUUCUAAUCAUCUCCUCGGGACGAUCCCAAUCUCGCUCGGACGACUUUCAUCUCUCGAAUAUCUCCUUCUCGGGAUGAACAACUUAACAGGGGAAAUACCGUCAUCCCUUUACAAUCUAUCAUCCCUCAAGUCCUUAGAACUCUUUGAAAACCAACUCGAGGGAACUCUACCCUCCAAUAUCGGAAAUGCACUUCCGAACCUUCAAGUCCUUAGUAUGGGUAUUAAUCAGCUUGGGGGGCGAAUUCCAGCAUCCUUGUCCAAUGCUUCUGGGCUGAACGAACUUGAGCUAUUGGCCAAUGCAUUCCGUGGCACGAUACCGCCGAGCCUUGGAGCCUUGCAGAGUCUUUUGUGGCUUCAACUGGCCGGCAAUCGACUCGAAGCCAGGAAGCCUAGUGAUUGGAGCUUCAUUACAGCACUGACCAACUGCACCAGUCUUCGAGCGUUGCAACUACAAGACAAUCUACUUCAAGGCAUGAUGCCCAAAUCAAUAGUCAAUCUUUCCACCAGUCUUAAUUAUUUAUCACUCGCUAAGAACCAAAUAUCAGGAAUUAUACCUGCUGAGAUUGAGAAGUUCAUCAAUCUAACUUAUCUUGAUAUGAGUGUUAACGAUUUUCGAGGCACAAUUCCUAUAGAAAUCAGUCAUCUUUGGCAAUUACAGUACUUGGAUCUGUCGAACAACAUGCUCUCGGGUGAAAUUCCUCUCACUUUGGGCAACCUAACACGAAUGGACAAGCUCCGUCUCAGCAGCAACGAAUUUGAAGGAGCCAUUCCACGGACAUUAAGCAGCAUGUUAAUGCUGGAGUUGUUAAAUCUAUCAAAUAAUAGGCUAAGUGGUACCAUUCCAAAAGAAGUUUUGAGCAUUUCAUCGCUCGCAAACUUCCUUGACUUGUCGCAUAAUUUACUGAACAAUUCAUUACCUUUAGAAGUGGGCAACUUGAUAAAUGUCAGGGAGCUUGAUCUCUCAAAUAAUAAGCUCUCUGGUGAGAUUCCAGACACCAUCGGCAAAUGCGCCAUCUUGGAAAUCCUUCAUUUGGAGGAUAACUUAUUUCAAGGGUCCAUUCCUUCCUCUAUUAGCAAUUUAAGAGGGCUCAAAGAGCUUGAUCUCUCAAAAAACUUCUACUCAGGCCAAAUACCAGCAUCCCUUGAUGAGCUCUCGGAUCUACGAAACUUGAAUCUCUCCUUCAACAGUUUUGAGGGUCAAGUGCCGAUGAAAGGGGUCUUUAAGAAUGCGAGCGAAGUCUCGCUUAUUGGAAACCCUAAGCUCUGUGGCGGAAUUCCAGAAUUACACUUGCCGAAAUGCACUUCAGAAGCCUUUGCAGCAAAACAUCACUCUGAUUAUAAACUCAAGGUAAUACUCAUUCCUACCUGUGGAGCAAUUUUAUGUUUGAUUAUAAUCACGUGCUUGCUUGGGAUACAUCACUUGAUAAAAAACUCUCGGAGAAAGCCGCUGUCAAGGUUUUCCUUAAGAAACCGACACACGAAAGUAUCUUACGAUGAGCUCUUCAGGGCUACAAAUGGGUUCUCCUCAGAUAAUCUGAUCGGCACGGGAAGUUUUGGGUCGGUUUAUAAAGCCGCCAUGAACUAUGAAAAUGCCGACAUCGUCGCGGUGAAAGUGCUUAACCUUCAACAGCAUGGGGCUUUCAGGAGUUUUAUGUCUGAAUGUGAGGCCCUGAGAAGCAUUCGACAUCGAAAUCUUGUCAAAAUUCUUACAUCGUGCUCUAGUUUGGAUCACCGCGGUAACGAUUUCAAGGCCUUGGUAUUUGAGUACAUGCCUAAUGGAAGCUUAGAAGAGUGGCUACAUCCAAAUUCUGGAUGA